AUGAUGCCAGAUGAUGACGGCCUCAGUGAUCUUCCUACAAAAGAUACAAGGAAUAAGCACCGUGGCUAUGCAUCAGGUGAUCACAACAAGCGUACCAAUACCAAAGAAAUCCGAGUCCGUCAAGAAAAAAUGCAAAAUCGCCUGGAGCAAAGCGAAAUGAUGGCAAACCCCAAAGCAGCCAAAGCUGAAGCUGACAAUUUCGAAGAACUGCAAAGGCAGCAUCAAAAAAAGCUUGAACAAGACCAAAAAAAGAAAGAGCAAGCACAACGGCGAGAAGAAAAUAAAAAUUUAUAUGACCAGGACUUAAUCAAUAUAGUAGCAGGGUCUGUGCCUACUGAUUUACAAGGGAAAAAAGCUAGAAUAUACAACCAAAGAGUAGAAUCAGUCCAAAAUCAUUCUCAGCAGCAAGGAAAGCCAAAAAUCAACUCGAACCAGAGAGCAAGCUUACUUCAGUUCAUGCAAAAUAAUUUGAAGUAA